AUGACAUGCUUCUGUAGAAAUAAGUUAUAUGGGUCGAAAGAUAGUUUUCGAGUUAAAAAGGUACUCAUCGCUGCAAAAAUUGCAAAUAUCGAUUUGACAUUAACAGAAGAAAAGCCGCCACACAAUAAAUUCCCGAUUGGCACGACACCGGCAUAUGAAGAUGGAGAUGUACUUCUGUUCGGCGCGGAAUCGAUUGCGCUUCAUUUAUUAGGGAACAAGCUAGGGCAAUGGUUACAGUGGGCAGAAGGUUCAUUGCUUCCGAAUGUUUUGGGCUACGUGUUACCUAGCAUUUCAGUGGUGCAGAUAGCUCCAAAGGUAGUUGAAGCGACAAGGAACGAACUUUUUGCUCAGCUAAAAUGUCUCGACGAAUUCUUGCUUACAAGAACCUUUUUAAGUGGUGAGCGCCUAUCUUUAGCUGAUAUCACAGUUGCUCUUGAUCUUUUGUGUGCAUUCGAACAUGUCUUGGAUGGGGAGAGUCGAGCAAAUCUCAAAAAUGUUACUCGCUGGUUUAAUACUAUCGUCAAUCAGCCGAAAAUAAGAGACGUUGUAGGACAAGUGCAUUUCGCAGAACAUGUUGAGAAGUUCAACAUGGCGAAAUUUAAAGAGCUGUCAGCUAAAUAUCGUUUUGUCUUGUUGUCUUUUUUUCACCUUUUAAACUUCAUUUUUACUUUUUUUAGUACCUUUGUAAUGGAUGCUUUCAAACGAGUGUACUCGAAUGAAGAUACAGCCACCAAGGCAAUUCCAUAUUUCUGGGAGAACUUUGAUGCAGAGAAUUAUUCAAUUUGGUUUUGCGAAUAUAAAUAUCCAGAAGAAUUAACUUUAACAUUCAUGAGUUGCAAUCUCAUUAGUGGUAUGUUUCAAAGAUUGGAAAAACUGAAGAAGAAUGCUUUCGCAUCCAUGUGCCUUUUUGGGUCCGACAAUAAUUCAACAAUUUCUGGCGUAUGGGUUUGGCGUGGCCAUGAAUUAGCUUUUACAUUAAGCCCUGAUUGGCAGGUUGAUUAUGAGAGUUACGAUUGGAAAAAGUUGGAUCCAGCGGAUGAAAAAACGAAGAAGUUAGUAAACGAGUAUUUGCUGUGGGAGGGAGAAUUCGGUGGCAGAAAGUUUAACCAGGGCAAAAUAUUUAAGUGA